AUGUCAAAACGACCAAACUUGAUUGUGAAUCUUGUUUCUAUAGGUCAUAUUGCAUCUCAUUUGCAUUAUGGAAUAAAUUCAAAAGAAUGGUGGAAUGUAAAAAAUGACAGUGACCCAAAAAUUGGUGCUUUACUUUAUCCAAAACGUGUAGGCUGGGAGACAUAUAUAGAACAAAAUAACAGAAAAUUUUAUCUACAAAUAACUGAAAGAGAUGAAAAUGGUGAAAUAUUACCAGGUUAUAGAUGUCGAUCUGAGAAUGAAAUUAGCAAUAUUGAAACAUCACCAACUAAAGCAAUAACAAGUUUGUAUAGAAAAAUUUUUCCUAAUUCAAGCACAAACUUUUCUGGACCCUUAGUAAUAGGUUGGGAAAAUGAUGAAUUUCUAAAGAAUUCAUUGAAUGAUAUAGAUUUUAGGCCAUUUGCUAUAAAGGUUGAUAAGUUGUUAGUUUAUGUUACUAACAUAGGCAUUGGAGAAGAAGUACAUGAUAUAGGAGCCAGAGUUGGUUAUACAGCCUCCAUUACAGGUGAGGUUAAAAAAAAACGUGCAAUAUUCAUUCAAACAGUUGAAUCUCAACAGUGUAAGAUUGUAAUAUAUCAAAAGGAUAUUGAACCAAAAGUCUUCCUUGGUUCUACUCCAUUGGAGGUUUGGAAAAAAACAAAUCUUUUCAAAAAAUUCAAUGGUUUUCAAUUAUUUGGAUUAGAACAUCCAAUGACACAAAAGAUUUUGUUAGAAACUAAAGUUCCCAAAUGUACACCUGUAUCAUGGAAUAAUGAAAAAAUAAUGAAUGAGAUUUUUAAUUAUCAUUUGAAAAAAAGAACAAUUAGUGAUAUUGAUUGGGAACAUUUUUUUCAAUCUUGGCAACAACAAAAAAGCCCAAUUAUUGAAUUGCAUGGAAAAUUAAAAAAGUUAUAUCCAAUUAACUAUUUGUUUGAUGUUCGUGAGCUUAGAGCAUGGCGUGCAAUGUUGAGGGCCACAGGUUGUUCAGAAAUCACUCCAUUUUCAAUAGACAAAUCAGAGUGUGAAUUUUGGUCUUGUAACUCUGACCCAUUAGUAGAUCAAAAUACUUUAGAAAUCUUGUAUCAUGAUGGAUUAUUGAAUUCAAAGCCAAAAAAAAUCAUUGAUGCUAGUGAUCGAUUCUGGGAAUGCUUUCAAAAAACACUAAAAGAAAACCAAACAGGUUAUGAUGGAAAGAUAAGAAUGUUGUCCAUAAUUGCAAGUGAUUUUGAAUAUGAAGAGCUUGAACAAAAACUCAAGCAUCAAAUAAUUGCGGAGCUUGAAUCUAUUCAACGUCAUUUAAAACGUGAAUAUGAGAAAGAACUUGAUGUGGAUUGUUUGGGACACACUUACCAUGUUGAAUGUCUUGAGCAUUGCCUUCCAUAUGCUUUUGGAGAAUGUACUGAGCCUCACCUCUCAAAAUGUAACCAAUGUAAUAAAAUAUCAGAAAUGUUUUACCAACUAAAAGAGCUUAUGCCAAAUGACAUAGAACGAAUUGAUAAAAAUAGAAAUAAACUUCAACACUAUUGGUCACACCAAGCAAGAAAGCUUGGAAACAAUGUAUCUGAGGGUGAAAAUAUAGUAGAAGCUAUUAAAGUUAUUAAAGGAACAUCAGUGGCAAAUAUUAAUCCUGAUAGAAGUUAUAAAGAAAGAAAAAAACCUACAAUUUCUGGAAUCUCAAGCUGGUUUGAAUUUCAAUGGCCUGUUGAAGGAGAAUUGGCUGGUUUUGUAUGUGCUAGAUCUCUUCCAAAUUUUGGAGAAUGGAAUAAUUUCUCUCCUGAUAUUAUUCGUAAAUCAAUGAAGGGUGGUGAACAACAUAGGCCAAAUCCCUUAAUUUCUACACACACCAAACCUGAAUGUCAAUGGAUAACUCCUAUACCAUCGACAGCAUUAUUAACUAAUGCAAUUUCUUAUCUUUUAGUUUCUGGUAUAGGAUUAAAUAGAUUAAAAAAAGUUGAUAUCAAAGAGAAAUUAAAACAAAGAGGUCUAGAAUAUAAUGAAAAAGAUGAUCGAUCAGAAUUAACAGAAAUUUUGAAGGCUGAUAUCACAAAGGCAAGGCUAAAGAAAAAAAUAGAAGGGGCGAUAGAAAUCAGUAACAUCACAGAAUCUGAUAACAAAGAAAGAAGUAAAAAAAGAAUAAAAUUAUCCCUUACACAAUCUGAUGGCAAAGAGAUCAGUCAACAUAAGAAGGCAAUGGCAAAGAGACAACAAAAUAAUGAAUAA